AUGGAGCCAUGGUUGCUUGCUUUGGUGUCGGCGUUGGUAGCAUGUGUGGCUGGUGUGCUUCUUUGGUGGCUCUAUGGGCUGACGAAGACCUUCUUGGACGAUGAUCCAGCAGAUGCGACUCGAAUCGAGGGUCUUACCCUGAGGUUGUUUGGGAAUAUGUCCUUGAUAGAGCUGAUCUUGAAGGCGAGGCAGCUACAAAAAGAGGCGGCCUUCAAGGAGCAAAUCUCCGAGGCCCAGGAGGUGGACUCGGAAGAGAUUUGUACGAUCUGCUUGGAAGCACUGGGUGACCACGACUCAGCUAAGAGACUGAAGUGUGGCCAUGUUCAUCAUGCAUCAUGCCUGCUGUCCUGGUGCUUGAAGUUUGAAGGAAACUUUGUUCAGUGCCCACACUGCCGGUACUGCCAGCACUUCGACGCAGUGUCGGAGCCCCGCGAUAUCGAAGUUGGGAAUGUCCAGUCGUGA